UUGUGUUUAUCAGUUUUCAUUCGCGCGUUUUCUGGUGGGAAGUAUACUAAAAUUGAAUAAGUAGUUAGUCGUUUUCUAUUUGUUUUGUUCCUGCUAGUGAAAUUAUUUAAUUAAUUAUUUGAAAUUAUUUUAUUAUUUAAUCGGCAAAAAUGGUUCGUAGAGAUUAUGAUAAGGAGAGUGAUUCACUCAAGAGUUUUUUACUGGAAUUCUGUGUUCCGUCUGAUAGGGGAACAAAAUAUUUCAAGUAUUCAGAACAGUUGACCAAAUUGGCUCAUCGAGAACAAACAGCUUUAUAUAUCGAACUUGAUGAUCUUAGUCAAUUUGAUGAAGCAUUAGCCAGCGAAGUAACUAAAAAUGCGAAAAGAUACGCCAAUUUAUUAUCAGAUAUUAUAUUUGACCUGUUACCAACAUUUAAAGAAAAAGAUGUAGUAGCAAAAGAUGCUCUAGAUGUCUUUAUUGAACAUCGGAUCAUGGUGGAACAGAGAUAUCGUCAACCAAAUGAGUCAAGGGAUCCCAAGAAUAAAUUUCCUCCUGAGUUAAUGAGAAGAUAUGAAAUUUAUUUUAAAGAUUUAUCUACUAAAAAGCACGUGCCACUUCGUAAAGUUAAUGCUGAAAGUCUUGGUCAACUUGUUAGCGUUCGGGGUAUUGUUACUCGUUCUACAGAAGUAAAGCCAAUGAUGUGUGUCGCUACCUAUACAUGCGACCAAUGUGGUGCUGAAACAUAUCAACUCGUGUCAGGUUUGAGUUUUAUGCCUGUAAUACUGUGCCCCAGCGAGGACUGUAGAGUGAAUAAAUCAGGUGGACGUUUGUACUUGCAGACACGAGGCUCUAAGUUUGUCAAGUUCCAAGAGUUGAAGAUACAAGAACAUAGUGAUCAAGUUCCUGUUGGGCAUAUUCCUCGAAGUUUAACAGUAUUUUGCAGGGGUGAAGUAACACGGCAAGCUUUGCCCGGUGAUCAUGUUGCUAUAACAGGCAUCUUUCUGCCAAUUGCCAAACAGGGUUUUUCACAGAUUACUUCUGGUCUACUCUCAGAAACAUUUCUCGAGGCACAUAGGAUCAUUUCUCUGAACAAAACUGCAGAAGAUGAAGAUGAUCAAAAUCCACUAACAACCGAAGAAUUGGCAGCUCUCACUGAAGAUAAUUUUUAUACAAAAUUGGCAUUAUCUAUAGCUCCAGAAAUUUAUGGUCAUGUAGAUGUCAAAAAAGCGCUUCUACUUCUUCUUGUGGGUGGUGUUGACAAAAGACCAGAUGGAAUGAAAAUCCGUGGAAAUAUUAACAUAUGCCUCAUGGGUGACCCAGGCGUUGCAAAAUCUCAGCUGUUGGGAUUUAUUGACCGACUGGCUUUGAGGAGUCAAUAUACCACUGGCAGAGGCUCUUCUGGGGUAGGAUUGACAGCAGCUGUAAUGAAAGACCCCUUCACUGGCGAAAUGAUGUUGGAAGGAGGCGCCCUUGUUUUAGCUGAUCAAGGUGUUUGUUGUAUCGAUGAAUUUGAUAAAAUGGCAGAUGCUGAUAGGACAGCCAUACAUGAAGUGAUGGAACAACAAACAAUUAGUAUUGCAAAGGCGGGUAUUAUGACGUGCUUAAAUGCGCGGGUGUCGAUAUUAGCUGCCGCCAAUCCGGCGUAUGGUCGAUACAAUCCGAAACGAACUAUCGAGCAGAAUAUUCAGUUGCCGGCCGCACUACUCUCUCGUUUUGAUCUGCUGUGGCUUAUUCAAGAUAAAGCUGACAGAGAUAAAGAUCUAAGACUGGGCAAACAUAUUACAUACGUCCACCAAAAUGGAAAACAACCCAGCCAAGCUGACGCCUUAGAUAUGUCGGUGAUGCGAAAAUACAUAGCUCUCUGUAAAAUCAAAGAACCGGCUAUUCCGGAGGAACUAACUGAUUUCAUAGUUGGUGCGUACGUUGAGCUGCGGAGAGACGCUCGUAAUUCGCAAGACAUGACAUUUACAUCAGCGAGGAACUUGCUAGCAAUUUUGCGAUUGUCAACAGCAUUGGCCAGGUUAAGAUUGUCGAAUGUAGUGGAGAAGGAUGAUGUUCUUGAAGCCAUAAGAUUAAUGGAAAUGAGUAAAGAUUCUUUAAAGCACAAUACCGAAAACAGAGGUUUUAGGCCCAUUAAUGUUAAUGACAAGAUAUUUGAUAUUAUAAGGGAAUUGGCAGGAAUUGAGAAAACGGUUAAAGUUGCUGAUAUUUUGGAGAAGUGUGCUGCAAAAGGUUAUAAUCCAGAUCAAGUGGAUGCCUGUAUUGAAGAGUAUGAAGAGCUGAAUGUGUGGCAAGUGAAUUCCACUCGUUCCAGAAUUACAUUUAUCUAA